AUGACAGAGGACUUCACUCAGCUAGUCAAGGAGUACAUGACGAGGGAUCCGGGUCUCCCUCGUCAGAACCCUACCUCGUCUUACUGGCAGCAUGUUCCUCAUCCAUUGGCCAACACACAGUCUGGCACCCUGCGUAAAACGGCAGACAUUGCGGUCAUUGGAUCUGGAAUCACCGGCGCCAGCGUCGCGAAGACCUUGCUCGAGAAUAAUCCAUCCUCCAAGAUCAUCGUCUUUGAAGCACGAUCCCUGUGCUCGGGAGCCACAGGCCGCAAUGGAGGCCAGCUGGCCACCAACGCCGGCGAGAUCUACGCCAAGUACAAGGCACACUUCGGAAGCGAAAUGGCAGGAAGGAUAGCAGCGUUUAGCUUCAAGACGUGUGACAGAAUGAAGGAAGUAAUUGCCGAGUACGCUCCAGAGGAGAGCGAGUAUCGAGAUGUGACAAAGGUGAGGACAUUUUUGGACGAGGCCUCGUUUGCUGCCAUGAAAGACAGCAUCAAACAGAUGGAAGAGGAUCACCCAGACCUUGGUGGCAUAUACAACAUGAUCGACAGUGAGACUGUUCUCAAGAAUCACGGCGUCCAUGGUUCCGUCGGCGGUUUAACUCUCCCCGCUGGAGUCAUGUGGCCAUAUCGGGUCAUCACCAAGGUGUUUGAGAAUUUGCUGGCCAAGUACCCCGGACGGUUGAGCAUUGAGACCAACACCCCCGUCACUUGUAUAGACUAUACCGACGAUACGUACCUUGUUAGUACUCCCCGUGGAAAGACUCGAGUAGGCCAGGUUGUUCACUGCACCAACGGCUACGCAAGCCAUUUGCUGCCCCGUCUACGUGGUCUCCUGUUUCCUCUCCGUGGGACCAUGACGGUCCAGGAUCUUGGCCCCAAUGUUCCCAACAACGGAGCCAAAGAUUCAUAUGGAUUUCACUACGAGCCAUUCUAUGACGAGAAAACUGAGACUGUCGCCGACGGAUUGUGGUACCUGACCCAGAACGCUAAGACUGGAUACUACUUCAUCGGUGGUGAGAAGUCCAGCAUAGACGACAGUUUGACAGGGGACGACACGGCAUUCAGCGAUUUCUGCGUCGACCACUUAAAGACGAUCCUACCCAAGUUCUUCAACUACACAGAUGUCAACGCAGACCCGUUGGUCAGUGCGUGGAGUGGCAUCAUGGGUUUCACUGCAGACAGAGCGCCGUACGUUGGCGGUCUCUCUACCGAAGUUACUGGUCGCUCAGGUAACGGAGAGUGGAUCGUGGGCGGCUUCAAUGGCUAUGGUAUGCCGUACUGCUGGCUGGCUGGUGAGGCUCUGGCGAGCAUGGUGCUUGGGCAAAGCGUUGGCGACUGGUUCCCUCAGGCCUUUUUGAUCAACGAGGAGCGCCUAUCGCCGCAAAGGAUCACCAAGGUGGCGACGGAAAUGGCUUCUUUGAGAUGA